ACAAGCAUGAAACCUAUAAAUCCGAAGUAAAAAGCUUUAACGACAGAGUUAGUCGCUCUCGCUAUAUGCACAUUUAAGUCCACUUUGUCACUUUCACAUCUAAGUAUUGCGGUGUUUUGUAUCCUGUGCUGUCUGUCUUCGUCUCUUCACAAGAAAUGGAAGGAAUGAAUAACACUUCACAAUCAAUGGGAGUUGGGCAACCUCACCAUCCAGUAAACCACACCAGACCCUUUUUCUAUGUUCAGCCACCAUCUCAGCCUUAUUUCAUGUAUCAAUGGCCCAUGAAUCCAUAUGGCCACUAUGGCUUUCCAGGGCCAGCUUUGCACUUCGGCCGUCCCUACAUGGCCCCUUAUCAGUUUAUGCAGUAUCCUGGGUAUGUGAUCCCACAUGCACCCAUGCAGCCAAUCGAUUACAGAAGAAUCAACCCCCACUUCCCCUCUGUUGCAUCCUAUGAUUUGCGUGUCCGCCAGCACUUUCAACACACCGGGAUGCAUCGGGAGACUGCCUGUUCUGAGGUCCAAACAGAUCCUAGUGAUUCAGUCAACAAACUGAUAGACAAAAUUGAGAGUCUGAAGGCUUGUGAACAAGGUGGUGACAAGGGGCUUAACACUGUGGUCUCCUCUACUCCUGAUGUAGUGCAGGGAGAGAAACUGACUGGUUUAAAAGACCCCAAGUUAGAGCUUGCCUCUCAGGAAGGUAAGGAGGAACAGGUUAAUCAGGUCACAAGGCCCACAACCUACAGUGACUCUGCGUAUGAUGCUGAAUCUAGCCAGGGUAGACUGGACGAAUGCGUGUUAUCAGAUGUGCUACCCCUUGACAGUUCUUCUGUCCAUGAGGAAGAGGAUGCCAAUGAGAACGAUGAGCAACAGAGUGUUGCUGAAGAACUGUGCUGCCAAAAUGGAAAGCCAAUAACCAGUGCAACUGGCAAUGUGUUCUGUAGUGGUAUCAAAAGCACUGCUGAUCCAACAGAGAACCUCGAUUUGGAGAAACCAGGUGAUGAGCAGGUACAGAAUAUUGCGUCUACUGAUGCUGCUGCAGUUAUGGAGCCUCUUAUAAAGCUCUCUGAAGACUUUGACCUGCAGUAUCAAAUCAUUCGCCUGCCCUGCAAUAAGACAACAACUGGCCUCAGUCUUGAACAAGAGAUUGACCCACUUGUUUACUUCGAUUCUCCAACUACUCUGUUGCCUCCACAAAACUAUCUGUCCUCAGUUGGCAGUGCAUAUUCCUACAGCUACUACCCUCAAGUGACCCAAGAGCGCCAGAGUGUCCUGAGUCCAUCCAUAGAUGAGCUCUCUUCCAGAGAUGAAAUGUUCUCCACUGAUGUGGAGGAUCUCGAUCUCGUUCCGGGGCAUGUGUAUGUUGGUGGCGGCAAGCUGGCUGAAACCAGUGACGUGCCCGUUCGCUCCAGAAAAGAGCUCUUGAGCGUGGAAAAGGCUCGCCCUGUCUGCCAGAAAACGUGUGUGUGCUGCGGCUCAAGCUUGCAGGAUGACGUAGGAAUUUGCAAAAUGGCCGAACGCAGCCAUCCUGAGAGAGAUGAUGAGUCUGAUCAAGACUGCGAGUAUGACCUCGAUGCAGAGGUGCGGAGUAACUGUGAGUCACCGAGAGUGUCCAAGAGGAAGUGUUGCAGCAGGCAUGCGCUGUCCUCUUGUGGGCAUCACUGUGCUAAACACGGGCACCGGAAGCUGCUGUGUGAAGGCCAAGAGCGCUGUGAUCUACGCGAGCAGGCUCGUGUGCAUCCCAAAGGAGAGUGCUGUGAGGAGUAUGGCUCUCUGGCUAAAGCUGAUAAGAGAACUCAAAAGGGUGCCUUGUGCAGGCCUUGUGUUGAACAAUGGAGAGAGGGUGUCGUCUCUGACCAAGAGAAUUGGGCAAGCUGUGGUGCCAAACCAAGGGCUUGGAGGCAAGAUGGUGUUCUUUUUGAUUUGUAAAGGGAGAACUCCAUUGAGAAGGCCGACUUGUAAGGCAGUCCACCAGCAAAGGCCAAGAAGUGAAUAUGAUGAGACUGACUUUACCUACUGCCAGAGAGGCAGAGGUGCUAUGAA